AAUUACGAUAGUAUAUUAUUCACGUUGAUUAGUUGAUGAGCUAUUAAAUGACUAAAUUUAUCCGAUAUAUACUCAUCGAGAGGAGGAACACUUGUCGCGAAUAAUUGGCGACGACGUGCUGAGAUGAACAAGUUAAUAUUUAUCACGGCCCUGGUGGCAAUUAUUUCGGGAUGUCUCAUCAACGGUGAAGAAAUGGACAUUCCCGAAGAUUUCAUACCAAUCCAACAGAAUAUUUAUGAAAGAUUAAUAACUCCGGAAGAUAACCAAGUUCAGCGUGAUAUUAAAUCACUGUUUGCGCAGUAUAUUCUUGUUGCUGCGAUGAAUGCUGCAAAUACGAGUGAAAAUAGUCCCCCCGUGGCUCCUGUCUCACCACCUCAGCAACAAUAUCAACCACCUCCACCACCCCCAAUUCAAGCAGCAGCAGCAGAACCAGUGGCACCCCCACCUCAGGUAAUUUACGUCUAUGUCACUCCACCAACAGAAGCGCCACAACGCUUGGACAAUUCAGAUAUCAAGACGAAAAAACCUAAACCACCAAAGCCCCCAAAAACCAAGAAACCAAAACCACCCAAAGCACCACACCCAGACUUUCCCAAUCAUCAACAACAGCAACAACAACCACAACAACAGCAACAAUCUAUCUUGCAGCAGCUAAUAAUUCCACAACAGCAGCAACAGCAACAACAGCUCCAACAGCAACAGACUUUCGUACCAGACACCCUACAACAAUCCAUAAUUUCCCAACAACAACAGGACAUAGCUGUCCCUACGACUCUACCCCCACCACCCGUCGAAACUUUGCCCCCACAAACCGUCCCAAUUUUAAUCCCUGCCCCCACCGCAGCCCCACCAGCCGUCCCCAUCCUUCCCGCCGCUGCGACCCCUGAAGCCCCCACCCUUCCCCCAGUCACCCUCCGACCACGCCCAUCCACCGAACACGUUCUCAACCAGGUAGACAAAAUCCUUGGCAGCGUGGCAAUCGGCAAUAUUACCGGCAUCGUGGACCAAUCGCUGCAAAUCAAUACGUCCAAACCAGUCCAGAAUCUGGUCACGGGAAUUCUCAACACCAUUUUCUGCACGCCGAUUAAUCGUCUCCUCGGACGGUGUCGAGGUUAAGGAAAAUUUAACCAUCUCCAUUACAAAUUUGGACUUUACAAUUCGAAUUGAUUACAUCAUUUCCUCAUAUAUAGGAAAAAAUCAUCGUCAUUUUUCCCAAUUAUAAUUAUUUUCACACUCCUUUAAAGUCCAACUCAAUAAUAAAUGUACAAUAAUCAAAUCAA